CUUGUAGAAGAAGGAUUAGAUACUUGGAUAAUGCUUAUGAAGUUACUUAAAUUUUCUCAAGUGAAAUUUACGAUUGUUUCUGAAGAAAUAACUAAUUUACAAACACCAUCUUCUUCAAAUUUACCAAAUGCUUUCAAAAAACUUAUGACUACUGAAGUCAAACUUUCUAUUCAAAAAGAAGAAAGAAUGU